AUUACUCUCGCGCAACACUGGUUAGAAAAAUGCAUGAAGGAGCAUCGCUGCUGCGAGCGAACUCUUGACCCAGAGUGGUACCCAACUCGACUACUGGACGUUGCUGAUGAGCCGAUAAAGCUCAUAAUUACCAAAGACGAGCCUGUGAUUGCAGGACCUUAUGCUACUUUGAGCCAUUGUUGGGGAACCCAAGAAUUCCCUGUACUCAGCACCAACUCCUUAUCUGAUUUCCUGGCUGGAACACCGUCGGAAAAACUACCUCGUAGUUUUCGAGAGACUAUUACAACUAUCCGCGCUCUUGGAAUACGCUAUCUCUGGAUUGACAGCUAUUGCAUCCUACAGGGAGUUGACAAAGCCGCCCAAGAUGACUGGAUCCAGGAAGCUGGCCAGAUGCAGGAGGUAUAUUCUAAUAGUUGCUUGAACAUUGGGUCGGCGCAUGCGAGCAGUCCAUAUGGCGGGCUUUUC